CAAACAUAAAGAGACGAAAAUUUUAAAACUUCUGUCUAAAUGUCUCUCUCUUUUUAAGUUGUCGUCUUCUCGCAUAUGAUUCUUCCUCCUCCUCGAGAUGACAAGACUAGAGAAAGAGAUUCUAUCAGACCGAUCAUAACUGCUGUUUUUCUGGGCUUUUCCGUCAGGUUUCGUCGCUGAAAGUGAAAAAGCUCCAUUGCUUUUGGUUUCAUUUCAUGGUUUCCGCGGGAAAAGUUCGCCUUCCCUUUUGACGCAAAAGACGAGAAAGAAGCAUUAGUCCGAUGUAGAGCUUGUGGUAACAAGUAGGAGAGAUAGCGUUGACUAUUUGGAUGAUGUUGAGGAAACAUGAAUACAACAACUUCGUCACAUUUUGUUCCACCGACAAGGUUUGAAAUCUUCGACCCUCUCAACCAAAUAAGUACUAUGUGGGAAGAAAGCUUCAAGAACAAUGGAGGAGGCUUCUAUACUCCCAACUCUAUCAUCAUCCCCACAAACCAAAAACCAUACAGCUUGAGUGAGGAUGGAACAGAAGGAACUCCUCACAAGUUUGACCAAGAGGCUUCCACAUCUAGACAUCCUGAUAAGGUCAGUUGUAUAAUAGCUCAUCUUAACUUCUUUGGUGCUCUUUGUGAAUUUAUAAUCUUUUUAUAUCCACAGACACAGAGACGGCUUGCACAGAAUCGUGAGGCAGCUAAGAAAAGUCGUCUUCGCAAGAAAGCUUAUGUUCAGCAGCUAGAGACAAGCCGGUUGAAGCUAAUUCGCUUAGAGCAAGAACUUGAUCGUGCUAGACAACAGGUUUUGUUAUCUUUAUUUUUCUUCCUAAAGUAUCUUGUGGAUAUAAUGAUGUAUGAUAAUAUAAUGUUACAGGGUUUCUAUGCGAGUAAACGUGUAGAUACUAAUGCCCUUAGUUUCUCAGAUAACAUGUGCUCAGGUAUAGUUGCAUUUGAGAUGGAGUAUGGACACUGGGUGGAAGAACAGAACAUGCAGAUACACGAGCUAAGAACUGUUCUAAACGGACAAGUCAGCGAUGUUGAGAUUCGUUUGCUAGUUGACAAUGCCAUGAAACAUUACUUUCAACUCUUCCUAAUGAAGUCAGCCGCUGCAAAACUAGAUGUCUUCUACAUCAUGUCUGGAAUGUGGAAAACUUCAGCAGAGCGGUUUUUCUUGUGGAUAGGCGGGUUUAGACCCUCUGAGCUUCUCAAGGUUCUGGUACCGCAUUUUGAUCCUAUGAUGGAUCAACAAGUGUUGGAUGUAUGUAACUUGAGGCAAUCAUGUCAACAAGCUGAAGAUGCAGUAUCUCAAGGUAUGGAGAAACUGCAACAUACAUUAGCAGAGAGUGUAGCAGCUGGGGAACUCGGUGAAGGAAGUUAUGUUCCUCAAAUAACUUCUGCUAUGGAGAGACUGGAGGCUUUGGUCAGCUUUGUUGAUCAGGCUGAUCAUCUGAGACAUGAGACAUUGCAACAGAUGCAUCGGAUCUUAACCACGAGACAAGCGGCCAGAGGAUUGUUAGCAUUAGGUGAAUAUUUCCAACGGCUUAGAGCUUUAAGCUCGAGUUGGGAAACUCGGCAACGUGAACCAACUUAAGCAAGGAGAUUAAAUUUCAAGAACAAGAACAUAAGCUUGUGUUUGAUGAUAGUAUAAUAAUUAUUCUUCUCUUGCGGCUUUGAGGAAAGUUGUAAAUAUGAUCAGCAACGUAAAGCUUGUGGCUUUAGAAACCCAAGCCGUAAAUAUGUAGAUCAUGUAUGAUUUGCUUGUGGUAAUAUUAUACGUUAUAGUGUGAUGUUUAUAAUAAUUACGGAAUCA